AUGUUCUCCUCGCGUCACCCCGAAGACCGGUUCCGGCUGCGCAUGCACCGCGCUCGCUCCGUCGACCUCACUAACGACGAGCUCGUCGAGAUCCGUGCGGCCCAGCGCACCUUUGAGGGCGCGUACAUCCGCACGUCCCUCUCGCAGUUUUCCUUCGCCCUCGUGGUCCUCAAGAUCUUCACCUCGGAGUUCUACUCGAUUGGCGCGCUCUUCGCCGCCUACGCCGUCGGUUUGCUCUUGGUUAGUGCCUAUCGCAGACAGCAAGGGAAUCGACAGUUCUUCAACGAGGUCGGAGACGACGGCCUGGGCAGGAAGAGGUUCCGGACGAGUGGGAAUGUCGUCAUUGCCCUGACCGCCCUGAGCGUGGCGGCCUACGUGAGUCUACUUGUUUUGACGCUGAAGCUGGAGACUUGA